AGAUAUUCGCUCUCAAGGCUGGUAUACAGUCUUUAAGUACCACCAACCUCCCUUUAUAAUCGAGUUGCACUACGACGUUCAUUGCUACUUAAUCACAUUCAUCACACUCAUUUAUCACACUCGUUUAUGUUGUUGUUGUUCUUCGUACGACAACGCCACGCUCUUUCCGCCUGAUCAUUCGAUAUUCGACCUUAUAACUCUUUUUUCUUCGGCUGCAGCCGACCUUGAACCGACCUUGCGUUCCCUCAGCACUUGGUCGCACAGGAAGUUAACAACAAUAUGGUUCACUUCAACUUGGACGCAGGCCUCAUGGUCACCCUCAUGAGUGUCUUGUCACACCUCACUUCUGGGGUUACUGCCGCCGCUCUGCCGACAAGCGCAAGUUCUGCGCUUGCGCCUGGCAGUGAUACCAACACCUGGUACCAUCUGCAGUCUUUUGGGGUUAAUCAUAAAUACCACAAGACCGCGCCCAGCUUUGUUUCGUUCACUGGGAGAGACGGAUACCUCACCGAGUCCAAGGAAGAGGCUGCCAAGUUCUGGCUAUGGGGAGGACAACUUGGAGUGGGCGACCAAUUCGUGCACCUGGACUUCAGCAAUGGGUAUGCCGUGGUCAAGCUCGACGACCAUCCCAGCUCUGAAGAGUACAACUUCUUGCAGGGCGAGGACGGGUGGCUUCACGUUCAAGGAGAAGGUUUCUCUUACGGCGAGGGUAGCCAAGCAGUCUUCUGCCAGAGCGAGGAUGGAUCGGUCUUCCUUCAGGGCCAUGGAAAGCCCCCCUUCGCAUGUCAAGACAUUGGUUUGUCACCAAGACAACGUGCCGGUCCCGCCCCAAGAUCACUACCACCGCGUCAAAACAAGUCUGGCAGCCAACCUCAAUCUACUGCGAUCCCAGCCAUAGCGUCCACCGUCACCCCUCGCAGUGUCCCAGCAUGGUUCGCAACUAAGAUCGAGGCUAGACAGGCGGGUGGGCGAGGUGGUCGUGGCGGCGGCGGUGCCGGUGGUCGUGGAGGUGCUGGUGCCGGAGGCCGUGGUGGUGCUGGAGGUCGUGGUGGUGCUGGAGGUCGUGGAGGUGCCGGCAGAGGCGGCAGGGGAAGUGGUUUCAAUCCGACAGCUACUCGACCGCAAAGACCUGAUCCAUCGAGCGACAACGACGGGCCCGGCCGACUUGUGAAGCGCUCAUUCGAAUUCGACAUGGACGGCGAAAUUGUGGAGUAAAGGGGUUUUCUGGUGGCGCGAGAUCAUUUCCUUCCACGACCUUGAUGAUUCUUCUUACCUUCCGAUUCGACUUGUGGAACUGGAGAGGGCGACAUCCUGGCUUUGGCACUAUCGACUGCCCAGGCACAACAGUCUCUCUACGGCCUCUCUUACUCUUUUUGAGCAUUUCACAAAAGCUCCUACCAGAGCGGUUACAUAUGUACUUAGAGUUACUUUUAAUGUUUAGCAAUGUAAUUAAAUCUCAACAUCUCAA